CCCGCAGCUCCCCCGGCGCUGUGAGCAGCGGGGCAGGAUGGGGCCGGCAGGGAGAGGCAGGAUGGGGCCGGCGCUGGCGGCGUGGCUGGCCCUGAGCCUGCUGGGGGGGCCGAGGGCCGAGGAGAUGUGUGGGGACCCCCCCGCCGCCCGGUCCCACUCCGUCCCUGCGCCCCAGCUCAGCCCCGAGGAGCAGCUCUCGCCCCACAUGCCCGAGUCCCUGCGCUGUGACGCCUGCAGAGCCAUCGCCUUCCAGAUUGAGGAGCAGCUGAGCAGAGCGGAGGGGAAGAUGGGCAGGAAGGCACUGAAGGAGUCCGACUACAUGGAGGUGCUGGAGAGGAGCUGCUCACAGGGCUGGGAGAGUUAUGGGGUGCAGGAGCUGGACGGGCAGAAGCGCCUGGCGGGGCCGGGGCUGCCCAGUCGGGAGCCCGUGAGCGUGAUGGUGUCGGGGGGACCGUGGCCGGGCAGGCUCUCCAAGAUGUGCCACGGCUACGUGGGCGAGCAGGGGGAGGCGCAGAUCUACGAGAGCCACCGGCGGGGCCCGGCGGCGCUGCGGGAGCUGCUGUGCCACGGGGACAAGGGGCCCUGCGGCGGCGGUAAGGCCGGGGCGCCCGCCCGCCCCAAGGCGCUGCAGAACGAGCUGUAGCCCCGGCGCGGUUAAUGCUUAAUGCCCCGGCGACCUUCGGAGCCGACUUCGUCCCCGGCGGGAGCCGACACGUGCCGGGCGGUGGGAGCCCUCCCGGUGUCGCCUGUCGCCGCUGUCGCCGCUGUCCC